CAAGUUGUGAGCUUCAACAUGAUGGGAAAAACUAUUACAGUCUUUCUCGGGAGUCAAGCCACUGAAUUAUUUUAUUCGAAAGGAAAUGACGAUUUAAAUGAAGAGGAAAUUUACAAUAAGUUUACAAAUCCUAUUUUUGGAAAAACUGAUAUUUUAAAAAAUUUUAUUAAUAUAAAAGGAAACAAUGUAAGGAAUAUUGUUUUUGAAAACAGAAUGAAAUGGAUAUCAGAUAUAAACAACGUAUUUUCAAUCCUUGUUUAUAUUUUUCCUGCUUGGUUUCCUCUAAAAGUAAAAAAUGACGGACGUAAGGUCGAUGAAAAAGCUAUUAGAGCUCUGAUAAUGGGCCAGUUCAUUUCAGGAAUACAAACCCCUUCUUCUACUGCUGCUUGGCUAACACUGUUUAUUGCACAUAAUAAAAAAAUUCAGCUAUAUGAAGAACAAAUCAGUGUCUGUGGAAAAGAUUUUAAAAACCUUACCAAUGACGAUUUAAAAGAAAUGGACCUUCUCGAUAGAUGUUUUAAAGAAACAUUACGUUUAAGACCGCCAGCUGCCCUUAUUGCGCGCCGUUGUAAAAAUGAUAUGGUUUUCUGUUUUAUUAACUAUGAUAUCAAAAAAAUGGGCGUAUGCUCAUAUAUACCAUUUGGAUAUGGCCAAAGAAGAUGCAGUGGAGAAAAAUUUGCGAAUAUACAGAUAAAAAUAACUCUAGCCUACUUAAUUCAAAAUUAUGAAAUAUUUUUAGAAAAAAAUGUCAUACCUGGAAUAGAUAUUUCAACCGUUGUUCGAAGUCCUCUUAAUUCUAUGAUAUAUCUAAAAUCUCGGAAUGCACCUUAA